AUGGUGCAUCACUACAUUCACCUUGGCUUCAAGAGCUACCACGAUGUCGCGCUCGCGGACCUGAAGAACGCGCGCGUGCUUUCACGCGCUCGCGAAGCGUCUGGUUACUUCACUGUGCUGAGCGACAUCCACCGCCUUGCUAAUCCUGAAGCUGGUGCACUCCAGAAGGCCGUGCAGACGUUCAGGAGCACCGACGUCGAGGACUACCAAGCCGGUCUACCCGUCGUUGCGUUCCGCUUCACCGACCAGUUCAAGACGGAGAACCCUGACAUCCAGCAGAAGUGGGUACAGACCCUUCUCAGGGCCAAGGGCUGGAUUGUACCGAACUACGAGCUCGCCCCGAACCUCGAACACAUUGAGAUCCUCCGCGUUGUCGUGAAGGAGAACUUCUCUGAGGUCCUCUGCGACCGCCUCGUCAGCGACAUCGUUGAGAUUGUCGAACAGCUGCUUGACUCUGAGUCGCCUGCACACGCGCUCAGCGCUCUUGGCGCGAACGCCCACAGGCCUAACAGCCACGAGAGCAAGCACGGCAACCUGAAGGACGAGGCUGAAGGCGUCUCAUACAACGGCGCCUACUCGAAGCCAUGCUAA